AUGGAUAUGCUCAACAAGUUCACUGGCGGUAGCAGCAGCAAGCCGGCCACCACCACCACCACCACCCAGAGUGGCAACAAGCCAGACAUUGGCGAUAAGGUUUUCGGUGGCAUUCUGAAGAAAACAGGACAUGAUUCGCAAGUGUCAGAGUCAAACCGAGAGAAAAUCACAGAUGGUGUGCGCGGAUUUUACGAGAAGACGACUGGCAAGAAGGUCAAUCCCAAGAUCUCAAAUUAG